UUGAGUCCUCUUUAUCGUCAGCUGGAGUUUUGUGCUAAAAUAGAGCUGCCGCACUCGUGCAAAUAAGUCAUUAUUACAAAAAUAGAGUUGUGAUAUAAUAUUAUUUGUCAGGCUGUCGUAUGGUCAUACCUCUGGACGGAAUGCUGUGAAAUUGUACGUUCAGUUUGCGUAGCAAAGUAAACAUUUUCGAUCAACGAAGGAAGGUAAACUUGGCUGGACAUCGGAAACACCACUCACUCAGCAGACAGUUUUGGGUUGUAAAAUGGCUGAAGGACAGAAAGACGUCAAUGACAAAGUGUGUCUCAUCACUGGUGCCAACAGAGGCAUUGGACUGAUCGCCGCUCAUAAAUAUGCAGCAGCUCGGUAUGAGGUCAUCAUGGCCUGCAGAGAUGAGGUCAAAGGUCAGGAGGCUGUCGGAGAAGUUCAGAAGGCCAAUCCAACGGCCAAAGUCAGUUUUCUGAAGCUUGAUCUCGGCUCUUUGAAAUCAGUGCGGGAGUUUGUGGAUAAUUUCCAUGAAUUGAAAAAGCCUCUCCAUGUUCUGUGUAAUAAUGCUGGGAUGACAUCAGGUUUCUCGAACGGCAAAGGGCCGUUUAAGACCGAGGAUGGUUUUGAGGUCACAUUCGGAAUCAAUCAUUUGGGUCAUUUCUUGAUGACCUUGCUCCUGAUGGAUGACCUCAAGAAGACGGCAUCAGAGUGUGGUGAGGUGCGAGUUGUCGUGACAACUUCUUCAUUACACGAUCCUGAAGCUAAAGGCAUGGGAGGCCCUGGCGCACACAUGAAUUUUGAGAACUUACAGCUACUGGAGGGGAAGUUUGACGGUCAGCUAGCUUACAAGAACUCCAAGCUGGCUAACUUACUCUUCGCUAAGGAGCUAGCGAGGAGACUGGAAGGGACAGGGGUAACGGUCAACUCAAUCUGUCCAGGAUUUAUUCCCACAACUGGGCUCGGCCGAAAUGAAGGAGCAGUUUCUCGGUUUAUGAUCGGAACCUUUCUGGUUCCUCUGUUGAGGUGGAAAGGAGUAACGAGGACGGAGGACCAAGGAGGGGAGGCAAUCUACCAAGCCGGUACCGACCCAAACUUGAAAGGAAAAACCAGCGGGUACUUCCGAGACUUGAAAGAGGCCGAAAGCUCUACGGAAUCCAACGAUGAAGAAGUGGCCAAGAAAUUAUGGCAGGUCAGUUUAGAGUUGGUGCAGCAUCAGGAGACCAAGUAGUUUGAGAGUUACAACAGAAACAAAAUGAUGUCAACCCAGGUAUUUUUUUGUAAAUACAUUUAGACUUUUGUUGUUUAUACAUUUAAAGGCACUGGAUACCUUUGGUAGUUGCAAAGACCAUUGUUCUCACUGGUUGGGAGGGAGCCGUUUCUCACAGUGUUUUAUACUAUCAUGUAAGUAACUGCCACCAGU